AUGUCUACCGCCGUCCCAGCAACAAUGAAGGCGCUGCUCGUUCAGGAGGGCAAGAAAGUGGCAGUCAAGGAGGUCCCUGUACCAACAGUCGGCGAUGAUGACAUCCUCGUCAAGAACGUCGCUGUCGCGCAGAACCCCACCGACUGGAAAUACGUGGAUUUUAUACGAAACGCGGGCACAAUUCUCGGCUGCGACUGGUCAGGCUACGUCGUAGCAGUUGGAAAGAACGUCACCAGCCCGAAAAUCGGUGACCAGGUCGCGGGCUUCCUCCAGGGCGGCACGUAUACUGACAGCGGCGCAUACGCCGAGUACGUACGCACCCCGGCCGAGCUCUCUUGGGUGGUUCCAGAGGGGACCAUCAGCUGCGAGGAGGCCGCGACUCUGGGAUGCGCGUUCUGGACCGCUGUGCAGGCGCUGUAUGAGCCGUCGCGCUUGGGGCUGGUUGAGCCCCCACGAAAAGUGGAACGUGAGGAGUGGAUCUUCAUCUCAAGCGGAAGCUCCUCUGUCGGCCAAUACGCGAUCCAGCUUGCACAUUUGUCGGGCUACAAGGUCGCCACGACCUCAUCACCACACAAUUUUGAGCUGGUCAAGUCUCUCGGCGCCGACGUGGUAUUUGACUACCACGGUCCCAGUGCGGUAUCGCAGAUCAAGAACGCGACGGGAGACCAGAUCCGCCACGCGUUCGACACGAUCUGCACGAAGGAAACGCAGGAGCUCUGCGCGCGCGCCUUGGCACCGGGCGGAGGCAAGAUCAUUCUCGUGCUCUCGCCAAUUCCAGAGGCAAAGGUUCGCGACGACGUGGAGGUGUUGCCAACGCUGAUCUACACAUCCCUCGGCCGCACGUUCACGCUGGGUGGCGUGUCCUACCCUCCGUCACACACGGAUCGCGCACACAUGGCCGCGUUUUUGAAGAAGGUUCCCGCACUAGUCGCGCAGGGCCAGAUCACGCCCAACCGCAUCCACCGCUGGGAAGGCGGUCUGGAGAGCAUCAGCGAUGGCCUCCAGUAUAUGCGGAAGGGCAAGGUCAGUGCGGAGAAGAUCGUUUAUACACUUUGA